AUGGAUCAGCACAAGUAUCGCACGGCGGGCGUCCAGGAGAAGCUGGAGAUCAUCGGGGUGGAGGACGAGGCCGGGAACCCCAUCAGUGCCCUGACCAUCCUGUCUCUGCUGGAGCGCGUGGCGGGAAUCAUCGACAACGUCCAGUCCGGCCAGCAGCGCAUGGAGGAGCGCCAGAUGGAGCUGGAGAACAACAUCAAGAUCAUCCAGGGUGACGUCCUGAAACUGGCCAAGGACCACACUGACACCAGCGGCACGGUGGAGAAGCUCCUGCAGAAGACCCGCAAGGUCAGCGCCAACGUCAAGGAGGUCCGGACGCGGGUCGAGAAACAAAACACUCGCGUCAAGAAGGUGGAAUCCACACAGGAUGAGCUGCUCACACGCAACAAGUUCCGCGUCGUUAUCUAUCAGGGUGAGACUGAGGUCCCAUCAGUGGCCGUCACUAAGUCAUCCAAAGGGUCUGGCCUGGACGGGCUGGAAAUCGAGCCCGACUCCUACGACGUCCCUGUCGACCUCUCCUCUGAUGAGGAGUACCUGAGCGUGGAGGAGGCCGACCCCUCGCGAGCCGCCCGCCUCAAGAAAUCAGUCGCGAAAGGCACGGAGAGCCUGAAGGCCGCCUUCUCCAAAGAGAACAUGAGCAAAACCAAAGAAAAUCUGGGUUCCAAGUUCCACAACCUGGGCGAGAAGGUGAUGCCGCCCGAGCGGAGGGACAAGAUGCACCAAGCCGGGGAGCGGCUGAAGCAGUCCGGCGAGCGGCUGAAGGAGAACAUCGCCAAGAAAGCUCCGACCAAAGAGUCCUUUCGCAUCAAGCUGAAGAAGGAGAGAGCCGUCGCCGAGGGCCAGGAGGGCGCAGAUGCCGAGGCUAACCCCGAGCUCCACGUCCAGGCCCAGGUCACGGAGCCGGCGGUGCUCCCGGGGGUCACCUACACCGAGGUCGCCAUGGAAACCAAGAGGGAGGGGCCCGUAGAGGAGGGCACCGCCACCCGGGUAGGGGAAGAAGAUUACAGGAAGUAGAUCAGAUGUCGGAUCAGACAUCGCUGGCAGGAAGAGGAGGCGGGACACUUGAGAAAGCUUGUAAUACCCAGGAUUUAGAAAGAAGUUCUGUGAUUGGUCGACAAGGAUGAUGGACAUGUUUAUUUGCAAGAUUGUAUUAAAACAGAAGACGUGAGAUGAGUAUCGGUACUGACACCAACAACUCAUCAGGAAAUUAAUCUAUUUUAGGGUGUUAAGUCAAGUAAAUUUUAUGUGUUGACAGUUUUUAACAAUUACAUAAUUUAAACAACUUGAAUGUGAGAAUCUUUAUUUCAAAUGUCUAAAGUCUAGAGUCAAAAUUU